UUUGCUUUUCACAAAAGCCACCCCCUCUCUCUCUCUCUCACUCCAUAUUUUAUACAACUCCAUUCCAUCUUUGAAGAUGCUUGCUAAAGUCUUGUAACUUAGUAUUUGAAAUUCGACUUCACUUCAUUGACUAUGUUACAUAUAGUAGGAGAAUAGUCAAAGAAACAAUCAAACUUCCAUGCAAGCAGUCCAGUUGGACUUAAUUCUACCUAUGUUCAAAUUUCCUGUAUUUUGACCGUUUUUUGGGGCGUUUAAUGCUUUUUAUUUCACUUUCAAUAAACCCAACUGCUAAACAUAUUUUUUGCUUGUACUAUUUCUCAUAUAUUUUGAUAUCCGAGUUUAUUUAGAGAAAAAAGCAAAGAAAAAAUGGCGAUUGAAGUCUUCCCAGAUAGCCCAAGCGCGACCGGCAUCAGCCCACGCAUCUCAUUCUCCCACGAUCUCUCUCAAUCCGACGUCGUUCCGAUCGAGCAGUACAUUCGCUCCGCCGCCUCCUCCUCCUCCAUCGAUUUCGACUUCUGCGUCUUCCGCGAGAUCUUCGACCACGAAUCCUCCUCCGCCGACGAGCUCUUCUUCGACGGCAAAAUCCUCCCCAUCCAAAUCAAAAAACGCCUCGCUCCGGCGCCUCCGCCGCCGUCUCCUCUCCCCCCUCCACCGCCGCCGCCGCUGAAAUCGGAAGAGAAGCAUAAGUCAUUUUGGCGAUUCAAGCGCAGCUCCAGCCUGAACUGCGGCAGCGGCUACGGCCGGACGCUCUGCCCGCUGCCGCUCCUCUCGAGGAGCAAUUCCACCGGAUCCACCGCCAGCGGCAAGCGAUCGUCGAUUUCGAAGCAAAAUCUGCUCAAAAGCAAUUCAUCGCAGAAGCAGCAGCAGCAGCAGCCGAUGUCUGGCUAUUCCUCGAAGCCGCCGUUGAAGAAGAACGGCCAAUUCUCUCAUAAGUUCAGUCCGGUGCUGAACGUUCCUCCGGCGACUAUCUUCGGCCUCGGCUCCAUAUUUUCCGGCGGCGGCAAGGAUCGGAUCAGGAAGAAGUAUUAAUUGGUUUUUAAUCAUUUAAUCAAUUCCUGUUAAUUUCGUUUCUUCUUCCGUCAUUUUCUUAUUGUAUUAGACGGUGAUUAAUUAAAUUAAGAUUGUGAUUAAUGCA